AUGGAUAUGACCUCAACAGCGGAGGCUGCCGCUCGCAGCUGGUAUGACAGUCCGCGCUUAGGCGGCGGCUCCACCGGCGGCGGCGGCAAUGGGGGCGGUGUCUCGCCCCAAACGAACGGCCUUGGCAGCGCCGGCAGCAGCCUGGCCCACAGCCAUCACAGCCUCUCCAGCGGCGCCAGUUCAGCGGGCAGCAGCGUGGGAGCGACCCUUGGCGGCGGCGGCGGUUCCGGACUGGACAGCAGUGACAUGAGCGCCUUCUACGCCCUCGAGAGCAAUGGACACCAUCGGCGCUACUAUCCCAGCUAUCAUCAGCACACAUCCCGCAUGCCCUCCACCCAUGCCACGCCCCAGGUGUGCCGGCCGCACUUCCACACCCCGCUGAGUCCAUGGCUGACCAGCGAGCACAAGUCCUUCGCCCCCGCCAGUGCCUGGAGCAUGGGCCAGUUUGCCUGCCCGCAGGAGCCGCAGGUGGAGCACAAGCUGGGCCAGAUGGGCCAGGGCCAUCAGACGACAGCCGCCGGCCAGCACUCGUUCCCCUUCCCGCCGACGCCGCCAAAGGAUUCCACGCCCGAUUCCGUGCAAACCGGUCCAUCUGAGUAUCAGGCCGUGAUGAACGCCUUUAUGCACCAGCAGGCCACGGGCUCUACCUCACUGACGGACGCCAGCUGUGCGUUGGACAUCAAGCCGUCGAUCCAGAACGGCAGCGCGAACGUCUCCUCCGGCAGCGGACCCAGCCAGAGUUCGGCGCCCAAGCAGCGCGAAGGUACUACCACUAAUCCCAGCUCCAACUCCAGCAGCAGUCAACAGCAGCAGCAGCAGCAGCAGCAGCAAUCCCAGCAACAGCAGCAGCAGCAGCAGCAGCAGGGCAGCAGCAACACUAACAACAGCAGCAACUCCUCCGCCUCAUCCGCCGCCGCCGCAGCAGCAGCAGCUGCCGCCUCCCUGUCCGCCUCAGCAGCCGCCGCAGCCACGUCCUCGAACGGAUUGUUUGAUGGCACGGCCCAGGCGCACUAUGCCUCCCAGAACAACAGCGGAGGCGGUAGCAGCGGUAGCGGUGGCUACGACAGCAGUAGCUAUGCCUCCUAUCACCAGGCAGCCGCCCAUCAUCAGGCGGCAGCGGUGGCGGCGGCAAAUAUGUUCCAAAGUUCCUCGGUGGCCGCUGCUGCAGUGCGUCACAGCAUGGCUGCGGCGCAGGCGCACCAUCAUCACCAUCACCAUCAUAGUGGACACCAUCACAGUGGCUCGUCCUCCGGGGCGGGUAUGCAUUCACUUGGUGGCUCCGUCACUGGCAUGGGCAGCAUGAGUGGUGGCAGCGGUGGUGGAACCGGUGGAGGAGCGGGAUCCGGAUCCCUGAGUGGUCAUGGAGUUGGAUCCACGGGCAAUGGCAAUACCAGCCUGGACAUCAAACCCGUGCGAACGAAACCCCGGACGAGUGCUGAGGGACGCGAGUGUGUUAAUUGUGGCGCCACAUCGACGCCACUGUGGCGACGCGACGGUACGGGACACUAUCUGUGCAAUGCCUGUGGCCUGUACUACAAGAUGAACGGCCAGAACCGUCCCCUGAUUAAGCCAAAGCGAAGACUGACCCUCCAAUCGCUGCAGAGUGCGGCCAAGAGGGCGGGCACAUCCUGCGCCAACUGCAAGACCACAACCACAACCCUUUGGCGACGCAAUGCCAGCGGCGAACCCGUCUGCAAUGCCUGCGGAUUGUACUACAAGCUGCACAAUGUCAAUCGUCCGCUCACAAUGAAAAAGGAGGGCAUUCAAACGCGUAACCGCAAGCUGAGCUCCAAGUCCAAGAAGAAGAAGGGCUUGGGCGGCGGCUGUCUGCCCAUCGGUGGACACCUGGGCAUGGGUGACUUCAAGCCACUGGAUCCCUCCAAGGGCUUUGGCGGCGGCUUCUCGGCCUCCAUGGCGCAACAUGGACACCUCUCGAGCGGACUGCAUCCGGCACAUGCGCACAUGCACGGCAGCUGGUAUACCGGCGGCAUGGGAGCUCUGGGCGCCUCCAGUGGCCUGCAGGGCGGCUUCUCCACCGCCGGCUCUCUCGGUGGAGCGGUGGUGCCGCACUCGCAGCCUUACCACUUGGGUCUCAGUUCAAUGGGCACCUGGCGCACUGACUACACGUGAUGGAGCGGGAAUAACUUGAACAACAAUCUGUUCAGCUAAAGCCGUGAUUUGCCCACGCUCAAAUCGAUCGAUUUGUGAAGUAUAUAAAUCGAGGCAAAGCAAAUCCAACCGAAACCAGAUAAAACACAAUGCCAAACUGAGGAC